GUUAGAUAACAAACUCACCAAAGAGACGAAAUCGAACGGCGAAGCCACGAGACGAGAAAGUGGCGCCUCAAAGUGGCGCCUUUCUGAGCGCCUCUUCACUAGACUCGUUCCCGCCGGAUCGCCUUGCUCUUCGUCGCCCGCACGCGUGACUCAAAGGUGAGCUUGCUCGCAGGCUAUCUUCUUGGCAGCUAGGGAUCUAGAAGUUCUCCUCCCAGGGGUGGUUUACAAUUACGUCCAUGAUUGAUCCCUUGGAAAUUUUGCAUUCUCUCCCUCUCCCCCAUUAACAAUAAACAAGAGAGCCUUCAGCACACAUCUCUGCCUUUGUUGUUGUUGGCGCUGGUGAUGUUAUUGAUAAAUAUUGACAACUCUUUAUUUACCUUGCUGAAAAAUUGCGCAACGAACCCUCCUUUCUGUAAAUUGCGCGAAUAGUUGACGAUGCAUUGCAAGGCCCCGCCUAGUUGAUUGUCGCUCAUGGAGAAUGAGGGCGAAUAGCGCACUAGUUGUUUGAGAGGACACUAUAAGGGUAAAUGUCAAAAACGAUCAAUUUCAGUACUUUUCAGACCGUUUAUUUUUUCAUCUCCUAUGGCUGGGGGAGGAAUCACCCCUCCCCCUUUCAUUCGCUAUUUCUAGAAUAUUUGUAAUAUUUGAGAAAUGAUAGUGAAACGGGAUCAUAUAUAUGGGUUAUUGGCCAAGUGUGAGGUCAAGAUGGCUGGAUAUUGGCCAAGUUUGCGAGUUUAUGGACCGAGACGGAGUGAUCGCUCUGGCCUGGGACAAGCUUAAGACUAGGCGAAAGAAGAAGCGGACAGCCAGAUCAAGCCCAACUUACUCUUUGGAUGGGUAGGUGGGUUGAUAACUGUGAUAAUAGGUUUUUGGCCUGGGAAAGCACUUCUGUAAAAAACCUGGGGAAACUCUCUUGCUGCAGGGAUCAGUACUGGAUCUGUUACAGGGAAUUAUCUUCAGAGACGUCAACAGCACUCAGAACUUAGGUUCAAAGAUAUCCUUUUAAUCCAAGAACACAACCAGAAUGCAACCAGAACAUAACCGGAAUGCAACCAGAAGGUCACCGGAAUGUAGCCGGAAUGUAACCAAAGAAUAUUUUACAAGGCACGACUAUUUAAGCCGAAAGCACAAUUCUAAAGGAUUACGUAAAGCUAUUAAAAAGUCGUAAGUUAACAUUAUCUAAUAUAUUUCAGAAAGCUUGAUUGGCUAUAACGGAAUUCAACGCUUACAAGAUUAAUAACUUUCAAAACAAUACAGAUAGAUAACAGUUUAACAAAAGACUAUCGCAGGUAGUAAUUACAGUUCAACGCUUAUUACAGUUAUGAUCCUACAACGAACUAGCAGGUGUUUGUUACGGUUAAUGAACUGGAACAGUAACCUGUAACUUAGAAAUGCAAAACGAGCUAAAACUAAUAUAUCUACGUUGGAUUUCUAUAUUUUCUGACAACGAAAGCGAAUAUGUAAAACGUACUUAAUUAUUUAAUUUUCUCUCCUCACAUAACCUCUUCGCAGUCACGGCCUCAAUUACCAAUGCAAAUUGAGUUUGCAUAGGGGUAAUAGUCAAAACAGCUCAGCGUUGUGCUAGCUACAACGGUAGUCAUUCAAUUCCAUUGUUUAUAAAAUAAUCGGAAGAAUGCAGAUUUCCCUUUGGAUGUUUCGACUCCAUGUAUAAAGUAGCUUUUCGUUUUCGUGUCAACUACAUGUAUUUCUGUUAUCACAGACUAUAAUUUCGUGAAAGCGGAAUAAUCGCCCUUGUCGAGGUAUACGGCUACAUAAAGUUUAGCGAAAUGACUGACGCACAAGUUUCACGGAAGAGGUCAAUGGAUUUACACAGAGAAUGUUCAAGUUAGUAUUGCGCAUCGAAUUUAUUAUUUGGCACGACAAUUUUAUUCACGUGUUAUCUACUCGCAUCUGAUUGGUUUAUAAACAAUGGAAAUGGGUGGGCUAGAUGAUAACCUGCACAUGACCAGUGAAACCAUCCCUUUUAAAUAGCUCCUUCCACGGUUAAAUUUUCUCAUUUGCAACACGAAAUAAUGCAGCGUUUAUGUGAGGCAGAUUUGCACGUUGUCAUCAUUUGACUACAACUACCAGAAUUCCUUUCGUUUUUACCUUGUUAUUUAAAUUUCGAAUUCUCAGUGGGAUUUAAAUAACAGUUGCCCUACAUAACACAAGAAACAGAAAAAGUGAAGGAUUCUGGAAGUUGUAGUCAAAUCGUCAUGUAAAUCGCCUAUUAAUUUGUAGUUUCUGUUCGAAAUUACCUCGCAUCCACGUUGGAUUACCUUGUAUUGCAAAUGAGAGAAGCUAACCGUGGUGAAAGCUUUUCAUUGGGAAAAGCUUUUCGUUGUCUAGUUAUUUAGUAGAUGGCACAAGCAGUUUUAAACAGCAACAGAUAACAAAGAGGUUUCUAAUUCUGUAUGCAAUAGAAAGUGACAGUGGGGAAUGGUUUACGUAAAUUCACUGUUAAUUAAACCAUCAGAAAUAGGAUUCACAGAACAAAAACGAUGCCAUUAGGUUUUUUUUUUCGAGGCCCGACUGAAUUUUAAGAGUGGCUGGUGGUCAAGACAAUUUCCGUUUGCUGAAGAACAUUGCUCCAUGACAGGAGCUCAUGACAUGGGCUCCUGUCCACGAUAAUUGGCUGAGAAGAGACGUUGAUUUUGAGUUUGCACUGCAGUGCAAAUUAAUGCGUGUUCGUAAUUUUCUCAGUAAUGUUAUAAGUGAUUGCUGUUACCAAAGCUCGGUUUUGAUAUAAGCAGCUUUUAUUUUAAGCUAAUUCCUCUUAUAGGUUCGUGUAAUUUUGAGGCAAUUUUCACAUGACAGGUUAUACAAGCUGAUUAUCAUGCCCUGCGAACUGAAACAUAUUGUCAACUCCUACUUGGUAAUUUAUUAGGACAGAUGAAAUAUUAAUAUGGCCUUUAUGCGAUCGGUCGAUCAUUUUAGGCAACAAGAAACAAAUAAUCAGACAGCUUUAACGUAUUAUUUUUAAUCAUAUUGUUGUCGGCUAGAAUUAGCUUUUUUUUCGAUUGAAAUAAAUCCUCCUCACUCUGUCAAUACUAACACACAAAAACGCUCUUACAGUUUGUAUAUAACCAACACAUAAUUAUUAAAAACGUACUCCUGAGCAAACUGCUUUAUGUUGACUUUUGUUUCAUUCCUCGCUAAAAAUCUGCUAAGAAAAUGCUACGGAAUCGAAAAAAUUGCAAUUUUUUAGAGUAAAGAAAGGUUUUGAAUAUGUAAAGAUUAAAUAUUCCAAAGUGAUUGAAGGUUGUGUGACGCUAUUGUUGCCAGCUGGUCAUAUAAGUUCAGUUCCAUGCUGGGCACAGUGCGAAUUACAAUACAACAUCUCCACGCUCGACUUCACGUCCUAAUCAUUGCGGUAAAUUGAGAUACAAUUUCCUUGGCUGCUCGUCUAAUCGACUACUUUUCAUCACCGCAGAUCUAGAAUGUCCUUGCUCGGCAAGUAUCCGUGCGAUAACAUCACAGCUCCAACCUACUUGUCAUUCUCUUCGGCUACGUGUACAAUAUUGUCGUCCCUUGUCGCAAGUGUUGGCAAUUUCCUUGUUGUCCUCGCCGUUUUUCUGGACCCCAACAAAGAUCUUCACUCUCCGUUUAACUACUUCGUUGCCAACCUUGGAUUGGCGGAUCUUACUGUAGGGCUUGUCACCUCUCCGCUGGCUGCCAUAUACCUCAUCUCCGAAGGGCUGAAGAAUCCAAAUCAACAAUUCAGAGUGUGGAUGCAUAUGACCUACUUCAUUUCCUGUACUGCAUCGCUGCUCAGCCUUACUGCCUUAGCGUUAGAUCGGUACGUUGCCGUAACAUACCCUCUGCUUUAUAGAUUCAAACUCAGCCCCGUGCGAGCAUUCUUAGUUUCACUUCUCGUAUGGACUGUGUCGAUCUUAUUUUCGCUGAUCUACUUCGUCGUUGGGUACAACAAAUUCAGAUUUGUUUUCGCUAACACAGCUGUAGCUGUUACCUUCGCCGUGCUAAUUUUCACCAAUAUGAAAAUCUUCAAGCAUUUACGACGCCAGGUACAUCAGUGGGAUACGCUACCAGGCAGUACAAAUGAGAGCUUGGCCAUGAAGCAAGCGGUGAAGAGAGAAAAGAAGGUCACAAAAACUCUAUUGAUUGUAUUGAUAUUGUUUCUAGCUUGCUAUCUGCCGUCAUGUGUUUGCAUCUAUAUCGUUAACUUAUGUUCUACUUGUGAUUGUGUGUUUAUUCACUGGGUCAGAGACAUUCAGUUUGUUCUCGUGAUGAUAAAUUCAGGCGUGAAUCCAUUCGUGUACGCAUGGAGACUGCAGAGCUUCAGGAAGGCUUUUAAGAGCAUCCUGACAUUCCGAGCAUGUUUCCAGCGUCUCAGGGUCAUUUCAGUCAAUCUCUACCAAAUGUCAACUUUGAGCGUCAACAAUCCUGUUUCAUUUGAUACUGCCGCCGGGAGAUUUAAUUCUUCGGCAGAAAUCAAGGACUAGCAUUGUAAAACUCCAAAUGAAGAACCUGGUUUUCCUGAGGAGUUAGACUUGAGCUUUGUUGUAAAUAACAGGACGUGGAUACUCGGCCGAAAUUUCUACACUCAUGCUUGUCCAGACAUGUCAAUUAAAAGAAUGCGGUUUAAUUCUAUUUUUAAAAUUUCAGGUAAAUAUCAAAAAAAGAAAAAAAAGAAAGAAAAGAAAAGAAAAAAAUCAAAUAAGGUUUUAUUGAAACCUUGUGCUUAAUUCGUGCCGUCUAAAAUAACAGAUCAGAGAGUUGAGAACGUAGGCCGUCCGCAACCAGAAAGUGGAGAUGCAUGGUUCCGAAGCUAAGUUCAAACCGCGAAGGAUCGAAAGGGAAG